AUGAUUUUGAUCAACAACUGUACUAAUACAGAUGUCGUCCCUCUAGAAAAGCCCGUCUUGGACAAUUCAUUCGAUCAUAGUCCAGCUUGUCAUUCUUCAACGAUGCUUACUCUACGUCAGUCUCUUUCCGUUGUGAUACUGCUUCUGUACGUUUCCAAGGCGUUUCUUCAAAAUCCAACAUCGGAAAAGGAGCCGUCGAGCAAGGAGAAACCCAAGAUCAAUCGUCUGUACAUCAACACACUGAAAUACGUCAACGAAACCAAGGAUGUGGAACUCAUCGCCGGUGUAUUCGACGCCAUUCUGACGCGUCUAGACAAACUGGAUGUCAAAGAUGCCCACGAGAGGAACAUCGGCCGCUACGAUCUGACCACACUGCUUUGCUGGACGGUGAACAAUGAUUUCCUGAAUGACUCGUAUAAGCGGCACGAGAAGAAGUUGUUCCAGCUUUCGGAGAAGUUCUACCCGGAACGGGACGAUAAGGCCAAAACCGAGAGAGAAAUAGAAGGUCGGAAGCCGUGCAGAGAAAGCUUUCCACUGACUACGAUAACGGGAAGAGCUUGGAAAGACUAGCUAUGGGUAAGCUGGAUUUGGAAGCUGGAAACUUUUGAACUGUAAGAUGGUCUGUACGUAUUGGUUAAUGAGCAUCAAAUAAACCCUAGAUAUUA